CGCCGUGCGGGGGCCGGCCGCGGGCGUGGAAUGAGCGCCCCCUCCCCGCGCCCCGCGGGCCGCGCGCCUCGGCUCCCGGGCUGGUCGCGCCCCUCGCCCCCCUCCGCUGCGGGCGGCCCGGCUCGGAGCUGAUGCGCCCGGGUCGCCCCGGAGCCCCCCGGAGCCCCCCGGAGCCCCCCGGAGCGCGCGCUGCUGGGAGCGUGCGCUAUUUUGGAGGCGAAUCUAUUCUCUCCAAAACUGGGACUUGGGGCGCCCGCUCGGCCUGGGCGCCGGUGCCUUGACCCUCUGUGGCCGCAGGUCGGAGCUGUCUGGCCUCAGUUUCCCUUUGGCUUCUCUCCUCCGCAAGCCCAGACUGCUGCCCGUCAUUGUCCUCGCUGUCAAAUCGGGGGGCGUUGUGAAGGCUGCCAGCCCGGGGGUGUGCUCUCUAUCCCACUUCACAAAAGGAGCAAAGCCUCCGAGGCCGACCCCCGCCCUCCCGCCGCGGACAGCCACCUCUCUACCCCCACUUCACGUUGAGGCACUGAUUUCUUUUCUUUUCUUUCUUUCUUUUUUUUUUUCUUCUUACCGAGUAGUAUUUUAUUGUACAGGAGCCACGCCCUGGUUUCUUAAAGGCGCCCUGCACUCUGUUUGGCCAUGUGUUAUCUCCGCAGCUGGUGUGUGGGAGGCCUCCAGUGAGCCACCUAUUUUUUCCUGCCUCCCGAUACAUACUCCCACCCCACCCCACCCCCCGCCAAGAAUUCGGGGAUGCCCGGGGGGAAGAAGGUGGUUGGGGGUGGCAGCAGCGGUGCUGCCACCACUGCCACUGCUGCCCCCUCUGGGGUCAGACGUCUGGAGACCAGUGACGGGGCCUCAGCCCAGAGAGACGAUGAGCCAGAAGAGGAAGGGGAAGAGGACCUGCGAGAUGGAGGCAUCCCCUUCUUUGUCAACCGGGGUGGGCUGCCUGUGGACGAGGCCACCUGGGAGAGGAUGUGGAAGCACGUGGCCAAGAUCCACCCCGAUGGAGAGAAGGUGGCCCAGCGGAUCCGGGGGGCCACAGACCUGCCCAAGAUUCCCAUACCGAGUGUGCCUACGUUCCAGCCCUCUACACCUGUCCCUGAGCGCCUGGAAGCUGUGCAGCGCUACAUCAGGGAGCUGCAGUACAAUCACACAGGGACACAGUUCUUUGAAAUUAAGAAGAGCAGACCUCUGACAGGGCUGAUGGACUUGGCCAAGGAAAUGACCAAAGAGGCUCUGCCAAUCAAAUGCCUGGAAGCCGUGAUCCUGGGAAUUUACCUCACCAACAGCAUGCCCACCCUGGAGCGCUUCCCCAUCAGCUUCAAGACCUACUUCUCAGGGAACUACUUCCGCCACAUCGUGCUGGGGGUGAACUUCGGCGGCCGCUACGGGGCGCUGGGCAUGAGCCGGCGCGAGGACCUGAUGUACAAGCCGCCGGCCUUCCGCACGCUCAGCGAGCUCGUGCUGGACUACGAGGCCGCCUACGGCCGCUGCUGGCACGUGCUGAAGAAGGUCAAGCUGGGCCAGUGCGUGUCCCACGACCCGCACAGCGUGGAGCAGAUCGAGUGGAAGCACUCGGUGCUGGACGUGGACAGGCUGGGCCGCGAGGACUUCCGCAAGGAGCUGGAGCGCCACGCCCGCGACAUGCGGCUCAAGAUUGGCAAAGGGACUGGCCCUCCCUCUCCCACCAAGGACCGGAAGAAGGACGUCUCCUCCCCGCAGCGCGGCCAGUCCAGCCCCCACCGCAGGAACAGCCGCAGCGAGAGGCGGCCAUCCGGUGAGAAGAAGCCUUCUGAGCCCAAAGCCAUGCCGGACCUCAAUGGGUACCAGAUCCGGGUGUGAGGCGCGCGGCAGUGCCCCAGCCUCACCGCAUCUUGGGGCCAGGAUCCCCCUGCCAGAACUGGCCUUGUUCGUGGGGGGAGAGGGCCUGGUGGGGGGCAGGGCGAGAGGGCGGCAGGAAGAGCCUGUCUCAGCUCAGCCACCCCAGCUGCUGCCCCUCCCACUGGGCCAAGACCCCUAACUUUGGGCCAAGAAGCAGUUAGUAUUUUAUUUGGAGUUUUUAACCCGAUAACUAAAGUUUAAAGUGUUUGGGGGAAAACUUAAAAAACUAAUGGAUCUGCCAAUCGCCAGAAGGCCAGUGCUUAGAUCUGAGGACUACAGGGUUGGGCAAGGAGGGGACGCUGGCUCUGCUGGUGUCUCUCUGGGGGGGUGAGUCCGUCCUGUCUCAACCCCACUAAGCCUGUGGCUGGACGGGGUGGAGUAGGGGAGGGAGGGAGGUGUUCCUCUAGUUCCUCUAGUUCUGCCUCCCCUGGGAAGCAGAAUCUUGACCCAGGGAACGGGAAGCAGGGUAGAAAUUAUCCUGGGAAAGGUCUUUGUGGCCCAUGGCAGGAGCUUGGCCCAAGGCCACAUGGCCCAAGACCAGAGCCCCUGGCCCAGGAGAGGCCUCAUGCCCUUGCAGCCUGUGGCCAGGGCUGUGGGGGCUAUAGGAGAGCCCAGGGGAGCCCGCUGGGGGAAGGAACCCCAGGCCGCUACCUGGCCUCCUUGCUUACUCCAGCUCUGCCUGGAAGGGUGAAGCUGGGGGUGCUCCCUGCUCCCUGCAGGGCGGCUGGGCUUUGUCACAGGCCCGGAGCUGUACCGGGCUCGGCAUGACUGUAGGGACUGAGCAGCCUGGUGGGCCCAGGAACCAUGACUGGGGAUAGAGUGGGACACUCAGGCCCCAGGCUGUCCCCUGGCAGGCCCCAAGGGUUGUGGGGAGGCACUGCUACUCCCCACCCCUUUUCUAUUACCUCAGUCCUUGCUGUGAAAAUGAAGACCGGAUCAGGAUGCUUGUGCCUCAGGCCUGGCUCCCCUCAUGCAGCAGCCCAUCUGGGUUUGGGGGUACCAGUGACGGUCAGACCUGUGGCAUGUGGCUUGUCAGGGAGGAAUCUGGACAGCUGGUGUCUGCACAGUCUGCUUGUCAAGUGUGAGAUACCUGGUGGACACGUGAAAGUGGAAAGACGUUGGCAGGGUUGGGGGAAGGUCCUAGAGACUAAAGCAAUGGCAAGUGAUAGGGCGAGGGUGCAGCUGCCCACCACGAAGGAGCAGAGCCUGGGAACAGGGGAGCGUAAGUGAGAAAAGGAUGUGGGGGAGAGGUUAGAAACAGGCUGCUUGGGAAAUAGUGAGUUCCCUGUUGCUGGAAGUAUCCAAGCAAAGCCUGGAUGGCAACUUGUCGGGAAGCUGUCGAGAGGAUUCAGGUUAUGGAAGGGGAGCCGGAUAAGGUGACCGGCAAGGUUUCUUUUCACUGAGAGGCUGUGCUUCAGCCAGGGGCCAGGCCCCGGAUAAGGAAGGAUCAGAACCAGGGUUGUAAGCUCACACACCCACAGGGCCAGGCAGGGGAUUAACGGCAGGGCUGCAGGGAGGGCCGGGUGGCCAGCUAAUGGGCUGCUUCUGCCGAGGUAUUCUCAGAGUGGGGGCCCUGCAUUGCCAGAUUGUAUGACUGUUUCUCAGAAGCCAGAGCUCUGGAUUUUUGUGUGAAAUGACCUGAUUUUUAAAUGUUGGCAAUCAGUUCGGACAAUGUAAAAACCCAACAUGAAAGAGAAUGCCAAUUUGUAA